AUGGAUUUGGAUGCUGAGAUGGGGCACUCCUUCGCCCGCCAGAUCUCGCCGAACUGCCGGCUGGUGGACUGCAAGGUUCCAUCUCCUACCUGCGCAGACCCUCCAGAUGACACAAGGCUUGACUUCAAAGAGUUCAAGCGACAAGCAAUGCUCCUCGCCACGGAGUUCUUCUGCUCUGGCGAUGUGGAAGGCAUGCUGGCAUCUGUCAGGGGCAUGAGCUGCUCAGCCUUUCACGAUGAACUGGCGGCGAUGCUGCUGCGCGCUUCUCUGGAUCAGCGAGAGAAGGAUCGCUGCACCGUCGUCCCCUUGCUGGCAGCCUUACAUGAUGCUGGCCUGCUCUCCACAGCUCAACUGUCCCGAGGAUUCGAGAAGUUGGUCCUCGCUUGGGAGGAUCUGCAACUCGAUGUUCCCGGAGCGCCCGGGCUGCUGGUGUCGCUGCUCUCAUCGCGUGUUGGCCUUUUUGACCGGAGCCUGUUUGCUCGACUCCCAGAGGAGUUGCUGGUGAAGGUUUGCGCAGAGAUGCCGCCCAGCGUCGUGCAGCGGACCAUCCGCAGCCAUCUGGAGGAGCUCACGGCCUUCAAGACCGAGAUGUUGAGUAAGGUUGAGCAUGACCUGCUGCGGACGGGCUCCCUGGACGGCCUGGCCAGCUGGCUACGCGAAGAAUGUAAGCCUGCAUUCCACCACGAAGUGGUCGUGGCCGCAUGCCUCAGCUCCUUCAACGGCCAGCCGAUGGCCGACGCCUUCUGGAUGUCCAUUUUCGACAGCCAAGGCCUCCGGGCCGAGAAGAGUCGACUGGUCCUGGAGGCCUUGGUCCAGCUUUCGCAGGAGCAGCUGCUGAGCGAGACAGACAUCCAGAUCGGUUUCUCUCGUGUGUUGGGCAUCGUCAGCAACGGCCUCGAGUCAAAUUUCAAGAACGAGGACAUGACGCAUUUGGUGGCUCUUCUGCGGGCAGCCGUCGAGAAAGAGCUGCUUGCGGCGCAGUUUCUCAAGAUCGCCCGGCGCUUGCGCUUCGGAGGAUCGAUUGGAGUUGAGGCACUGCGCACUGCCCAGCGGCAGACACCGCUGCAUUCGCGUCGCGUGUGGGGCUCUGGAGACUUGCGACAGAUGCGGGCUGAGAUGCACGACACGAUCGAAGAGUACUUCGACUCCCGCAGUACGGAGGAGCUGGCACAAGUUCUGGAAGAGCUGCACCUGUCUGGCAAAGAGCAGGUGACGUUCCUUCGCAAGCUCUUGGUGGCAGGCAUGGAGCGAAAGGAAACGGAAGCUGCGCUCUUCGCCGUUCAGGAGCUGCUGGGCUUCUGCUGGUGUGAGCAGGAAGUCGAAGGGGCCUUCCAUGAGAUCCGCGACAUUGAGGGGGACUUGGUCCUUGACUUCCCGGACUGUCGAGAGUGCACCGGGAAGCUGGUGAAAGAUGCUGUGGACCGGGGGCUGCUGAAGGCCUGUGGUUGCUAG